UGACCCUGCCCGGUGACUUCCGUUUUCUAGGGAUGCGCUUCCGGGUCACGCUAACGCCGCGGUUUUCUCCACUCGCUUGGUUCUACUGUGGGUCGGGACCGGUCCCCAUGUCCUGCAGCGGGGCCCCUGCAGCCCUUGGACUGUGAAGACUGCUGAAAGACGCUUGCGAUCCAGUCACAUAAGUGGAAUAAAGAAAUAUUGGUCCUCAUGGAAGAAGAACAAGACUUACCGGAGCAACCAGUUAAAAAAGCCAAGAUGCAGGAAUCGGGAGAGCAAACUUUAAGUCAAGUAAGCAACCCCGAAGUCAGUGAUCAGAAACCUGAAACUUCAAGCCUUGCUUCAAACCUUACCAUGUCAGAGGAAAUAAUGACAUGUACCGAUUACAUCCCUCGCUCAUCCAAUGAUUAUACCUCACAAAUGUAUUCUGCAAAACCUUAUGCACAUAUCCUCUCAGUUCCUGUUUCGGAAACUGCUUAUCCUGGGCAGACUCAGUACCAGACACUACAGCAGUCUCAACCGUAUGCUGUCUACCCUCAGGCAACCCAAACAUAUGGACUACCUCCUUUUGGUGCAUUGUGGCCAGGUAUGAAACCUGAAAGUGGUUUAAUUCAGACUCCAUCUCCAAGUCAACACAGUGUUCUUACCUGCACUACAGGGUUAACCACAAGCCAGCCAAGCCCAGCACAUUAUUCUUACCCCAUUCAAGCUUCAAGCACAAAUGCCAGCCUGAUAUCCACUUCAUCUACAAUUGCCAAUAUUCCAGCAGCAGCAGUUUCCAGCAUCUCAAACCAGGACUAUCCCACCUAUACUAUCCUUGGUCAGAGUCAGUACCAGACCUGCUACCCCAGCUCCAGCUUUGGAGUCACAGGCCAAACUAACAAUGAUGCUGAGAGUUCCACAUUAGCAGCAACCACAUACCAGACGGAGAAGCCUAGCGUCAUGGUACCUGCGCCUGCAGCACAGAGACUUUCCUCUGGAGACCCUUCUACAAGCCCAUCUUUGUCCCAAACUACACCAAGUAAAGAUGCUGACGACCAGUCCAGGAAAAACAUGACUGGAAAGAACCGGGGCAAGCGGAAGGCUGAUGCUAGCUCUUCCCAGGACAGUGAAUUGGAACGGGUAUUUCUGUGGGACUUGGAUGAAACCAUCAUCAUCUUUCAUUCCCUUCUUACUGGAUCCUAUGCCCAGAAGUAUGGAAAGGAUCCAACAGUAGUGAUUGGCUCAGGUUUAACUAUGGAAGAAAUGAUUUUUGAAGUGGCUGAUACACACCUAUUUUUCAAUGAUUUGGAGGAGUGUGACCAGGUGCAUGUGGAAGAUGUGGCUUCUGAUGACAAUGGCCAAGACUUAAGCAACUAUAGUUUCUCAACAGAUGGCUUCAGUGGCUCAGGAGGCAGUGGCAGCCAUGGUUCCUCUGUGGGUGUACAGGGAGGUGUGGACUGGAUGAGAAAACUGGCUUUUCGUUACCGAAAAGUGAGAGAAAUCUAUGAUAAGCAUAAAAGCAACGUGGGUGGCCUUCUAAGUCCCCAGAGAAAGGAAGCACUGCAGAGACUAAGAGCAGAAAUUGAAGUUUUAACAGAUUCCUGGUUAGGUACUGCAUUAAAGUCCUUACUUCUCAUCAAGUCCAGGAAGAAUUGUGUGAAUGUUCUGAUCACUACAACCCAGCUGGUUCCAGCUCUGGCCAAGGUUCUCCUAUAUGGGCUUGGAGAAAUAUUUCCUAUUGAAAACAUCUAUAGUGCUACCAAAAUUGGUAAAGAGAGCUGCUUUGAGAGAAUUGUGUCAAGGUUUGGAAAGAAAGUCACAUACGUAGUGAUUGGAGAUGGACGAGAUGAAGAAAUUGCAGCCAAACAGCACAACAUGCCUUUCUGGAGGAUCACAAACCAUGGAGACCUAGUGUCCCUGCACCAGGCUUUGGAGCUUGAUUUCCUCUAAGAACUGGAAUGAAGAGCCUUCCCCAUGAGCUGCUGUUCACUCCUGAAAGGAGCCGGAGACUGGAACCAACUGAGAACUCUGUCUUUUUCCAUGGAAUGCUGGCGAGAACACAAUCAGAACCAACAGCUGCAAGGGAUGGAGCUGGUUUUUGCUAAGAGUGAGCUGCAGCCCCAUGUUCAUUCUCAUGCAGAAGCAGGACAGUGGAUUGAGAGAAUAGACUCAAUGCAGCCACAGUGCUUUUAAUUCUUGUGUUUUUUGUUUUGUUAAUUUUGUUUCAAAAAUGAAGAAGAAAAAAACAAAAGGAAAUUUGGGGGGCAGAGUUGCACUCUUUGUCCAUGACCUGGUUGAGAACUGCUGUUAAGUUGUGGUGAUAGGAUAAAUGUGGCAGACUUUUGUUAUAACAAUCUCUUGCAGUCUUUAUAAACUCCUUAGCUGUAGAACAUAUUCCCAGUGAACGUAUAUGUAAUUUUUAUAGGUAAGAGUCUGGUCUCUGAAGCAGGUUUUCCCUUCUUUCUUUGCCUAGCAAGAAAGGGAUGUGUAACCUUUCCUUGGGAAAUAGUAACUGAAAUAUCUGAAAUACCUCUCUCUGUGUGACAGUAGCACCCCUGUAGCUGCUCCAGUGGUCUGCUUUCUAGGAUGGUUUCUCUCCUGUUCUUCCAUUUUCUGGUUUGCUGAACUGUGGGGCACUGGACACUGAUUAAUGUUAGACUCUGGUAAUUCCCAUCCUAGAAGCCUUAGUCCCCUUGCCAAUCCCUCUUCCCCUUUAACCACAUGGCACAAUCCUGGGAACUUCUUCUCUUAGAUGGUAAAUGCUAAGCCUUCAGCUUGACUCUGAUUCAAAGACUAUGUCCAGGGGGCUGACCUCUAAACUGGAGAGACGGGACUAAGGCUUCUUGGGAAUUUUCACUUCUUUGGUUCUUGAACCAGGAAUAUUCCACCUUUUCCUCCUGCAGAGAGGCACUCCUCCCCAACAGAUGCUUGCCCUACAGCCUGCCUGCCUUCUUAGUCACCAGAGUAGCUUCUGUCCGUUUUCUGCCCUGAAUUCCUCACAGCCACCUCCAUGCAGAUCCGGCCAACCCCUGGGCUUUGGACCCAAUAAGUCAAAAUAAGUCUGAGGACAGGCUCAUAACUACAUUUGGCCAAAACUACCAAUGUAGUUGACUUUCUUCGAAGCCCUUAAGCCUAUGGAGGGUAUUCUGAGUAUAUUUACCCAGAUCUCUGUCUGGAACUGAAGAGAUUGCUGUGAUCAAAACCCAGUUUUCCCAUGGUAGACCCUUCCCACUUCUCAAAUCUCAUUCUAAAGUGGAAAACCAGAAGCCAAAAAUACUCCUGUUUUAAACGAAGUUGUUGGGUCCCAACUCCAUGCCUGGAAACUUAAUCCUGGGCCAAGUGCAGGGACAUCUCCCCGCCUGGCCUCUGGGAAGAUGGAUGUGAGCCUUCUAGCCCAAUUGUGUUUGUGGAUGCUCCAUCCCUCCAAGACCCGCCUGGGCAUCUGCUCGGGCAGGAUAAACUUCCCUAGAGCUGCGGGCCUUCAGCCUCUCUCAGGCUGCAGAGAGGUGUCGUCUGGAACUCAGUAGGUUUCCUUGACCAACCCCAGCUCUACCUGCUUGACUACAGAGAAUCUGCAUACUCACUUCAGAGAUGUUGCAGCACCGAGAGGCCAGAGUCCUCCUGAGACCAGGUCAUCCAUAGCAGAGAAAGGCUGUUCGCACACAUUCCUUCAGAACUGAAUGAGGAACAAUUCAGGGCUCACGAUGUUAGGGAACAGGUCUUUGGAGGAGCUGGAGUCAGUGCUCAUUACUCAGCUGCUGCUCUGGCCUUGUUCCCGUUGGUGGGGCGGAGGUGGGGUUAUGCAGUCUAUUAGGCAGACCUCGCCUUGGUCUGAGUCCAGCACGGCUGCCCAGAUGCUGCUCUGCCCUGCUCGGUAACUGAUCCUAGAAAGCUCUAGGAUGGAUCUUUCUUCCAGGCCCCCAGCCCUCCACCUACGGCCGUGUAACUUGGUUUCCUGCGAGGCCGUGGAGUGGUACCCCAUCAUGGAUCCAGGUCCACACCAACCCCUCCCUCUGCCUGCCCUUUGGGAAGAGCUCUUUGUUCCUAGAACAUGACGUGGCCCCCUUUGCAGUGGUCUUUUCCUUCCUCCCCGACUGCCUGGCGGAGGUCUUUGCAAAAGACCAAGAGAAGUGAGGAGCUCAGCAGAGCAGUUGUUGCCAUCUCCUUUAGGGGGCAGGCAGAAAGGGGACCUGUCCAGGGAGCACAGCGCUCUGCUUUCACCGUGUGUUUCUCCUCCCAGUACAGAGGCCUGGAAAGGAAAACGAGUGGGGCCCCAGGACACUGGAGGUCCUCUCGACGAUGGGGGAGCCCUCUUUACUAGAAAGAAUCCCCAUGAGUUCAGCCACAUGACGAACCUUGCCCCAGCUGGGGACCGGUUCUAGAAGAUGGGUCUGCACAUUUCGGGGUGAGGACUUUCCUAGGAAGGGAUCCGGAGUUGUCAAGUGCGUCCUGGGUUUCAGAGGCGGCUUGACUCUCGAAUGUAAAACUGACUGUGCCUUAGCACCACCCUGUCCAGUGCCCCUGGGGCAGCCGGUGGUGUCCAGGAGAAUGGAUUCCUGCUCCAGAUGUAGAUGCUUUUAUUUGGUUUGGGGUGUCCCUAUCUUCUGCUCUGCACGUUGGGAGGGGCCAAAGCUAGCGUCCCAGGAGACUUGUGCCAGUUUGUUCGCAGUUUACACAAACUCAGCGCUGAAGCUCCAAGGAGAGCCUGGCUGGCAAGCCAGCUGCAGCAGGUGGAGCUUUUAGAUUUCCAGCCCUUGAAUGGGUGUUCGUGCUGCUGAAGCACAGGGAGGAGGAGGAGGGACCGCUGGUCUCCCUCUUCCUGGGAGAGUGAUGGUCUGAGCCAGGGGGUGGUGAGCUUGGGGUGUUCUCUCCUGCAGGAAGGGGCAAGCAGGACCCCUUUAAGCAAGCUUCUGUUUCUUACCACUAAAUUGGUUUCCUUUUCAUCCAAAAGUUGGAACUCCCCGGAUUUACACUAUACAAGCCAAAUCUGAAUUCUGAGAUUCUAAAAUAUGUAUGUUCUUAUUGAUUUUUAGAGAGAGGAGAAACAUCGAUCAAUCGGCUGCCUCUGCACAUCCUCUGUUGGGGAUGGAGCCCACAACCCAGGCCUGUGCCCUGACCAGGACCUCUCAGUGUAUGGGAGGAUGCUCAACCAACUGGGCCAUGCUGGCCAGGGCAAAUUCUAAAAUAUUUUAAACCAUCAGAGAGGAAACCCAGCUCAGCAGGCCUUGUUUCUCUCCUCUGAGUCAGACAGCUCUAGCAAGCAAGGCUCAUUGGCUAGUUCCUAAUGCACUGACAGAAGCCAUCCCAUUAAGGGCGACUUCUCAAAACCUGACCCUCUGGAUUACAGAUGCCUCACUCAGCAGUAAAAAGCAUUGAUUGGAUUGGAUAUAUUUAUGUGACUGCGGGCAUUCAUGGCUGUAGAGUCUUUGACCAUAAUGUUAUAUGUCAUGGGAACUAUCUUGUAAACUUGAAAAAAAUAAAGUUUUUAUUUUCUAUA